AUGGUUUUCGCUCCAGGUGAGAAGCCAGGGCUGGAGCAAGAUGAAGUUAAGCUGCAGAUUGCCAGCAAGCAGAUUGUGCAGACUGCCAUCCUCCGAGCAGUGCAACAAGUUUCCCAGGAGAGCCAGCAAAAGGAGAAGCGGACAAACACCGGUACAAGCCUCCAACUAGAAAGAGGAAAACUAACCAAGAAGCAUGAAAAGAAGUAAAGGAGGAGAUUGGGGUUUUUCUACUCCAGUCUGCAAGUGUUUUCAGCCUUCUCUUUAGUAUCAGCUGUAUUGCUAGUGCAAUGCUACUGCUGUAAAGCAAACCAAAGUAUUAUCACACCUAGACAUAGGGAAAAACUGCAAUAGUCCUCAUCUGAGAAAUACUAAGUGCAUUAGAUGAAUAACUCCAUAUUUAGGCAGUGCCUCUUAACAGAAACAAUAUAACCAUAGCUGUAAAAGUAGUUUCAAGCACAAGCUCUAAAGAUAUGAGCUUAUUCUCAAAAGCUUGUUGCCAGUGCACUUUCAUGCUAAGUUCUGCAAGCACCAUUUACGUCAGUUCAGCUGGACGGACUCUUCUCUGCAUUACUGGGCUCACUGAAGCUCUCUUGGCUGAAGAAAUCGUUUAUUGUCAGGUGUAGCAGAAUGAUUUCAGGCUCCCUUGAAGCACGGGUUUGUACUUUGCUUUGAUUAGAUAUGAACUAUGUGAAAUGGCAGUAUAAAGUGGAUUUGGUAAGUUCUGUGAACCAGUGUAUUUUUUCAUCUUGGGGGAAAAAAAAAAAGCAAUCCAGUAUGACUGCAGUGACUGUGAUCUAUGACUAUGAUCAUAUACCUAUGAUCUAUGUCUUUUUUUAAAAAAAGAUAAAUACUGAAGUUUUAGUCUACUUAUUUAAAUACUUCUAUACUUCUGCAUAAAAAUCACUUGUGCCUCAACUAUUCCUUUUAAUUUUCUUGGUAUUGAAAGAAAAGGAACUCAUGUGAAGAAAAGGAGUUGGCCAGAAUUUGCUCCAGUUUUGCAAUUCUUCUGGGUCUUGAUUUACAGACAGUGAAGACUGAAGUGUCUUAAAAA